CUAAAAAGCCGGUUAGUAGCGGAAACCAAAACCGAAACCAUGGGCCAGUUUUUGAAGCUCAGCACCACGAAAAGUAAAACUUUCCCAAUCUAAAACCAGCUGCUCCGCUCUCUGUAUCCUCUCUCUUUCUUCUAUAUUUCUUCUAUCUAUUCCUUUGCCUUCUAUUUCUCUUCACCUUUCUUUUUCUUCUGUUACAUUAUUCAAUUUCUUAAACAAUUGCUUUCGCAGCCUUUUCCUUUUUCCUUCUUCUUCUUCUUCUUUUUCCUUUUUAACUUCUGUGGGUGUUGAAGAAGAAAGCUUUCAGCUUUAGGUGCCUGGUGAUUGUUACAACUCUGUUGUAGUCAGUUGUUUUACUGGGAAAAUAAAGUUGUUGUGGCCAAUGACAAUUACCCUCCACAGGGGUGUUUGAGAUAUCCAAUAAUUGCUGUACAAGCUUUUAAAUUUGCCAUUUUGAAUGGAUUCUAGUGGUGUGAGUGGUGGGGUGUUUUCUGGGAUUGGUUCAGGUAUGCUAGGUCUUGAAAUGCCAUUACACCCCCAACAUCAUCAACACCAACAACCCCCUAGAAACCCCCAAACUGCCCCAAACUUGCAUCAUUUGCAACAAAACCCACAAAUGGUUGGUUUCCCUCAUCAAGAAACUGACCACUCACUGCACCAGCAAUCUGUCAAACAAGGCGGCUACCCUUUUGGUUCCAAAGCCAAACAAACCUCCCCCCUUAGUGAUGAAGAUGAACAUGGUUUCAAUCCUGAUGAUGCCUCUGCUGAUGCUAAGAGAAAGGGUUCUCCAUGGCAAAGGAUGAAAUGGACGGAUAGCAUGGUUAGGUUGCUUAUAAUGGCGGUUUAUUAUAUUGGCGAUGAAGGUGGAUCAGAAGGGAAUGGAUCAGACCCUACUGCCAAGAAAAAGGCUGGUGGGUUGUUGCAAAAGAAAGGGAAGUGGAAGUCGGUUUCGAGGGCUAUGAUGGAGAAAGGGUUUUAUGUUUCACCCCAGCAAUGUGAAGAUAAGUUCAAUGAUUUGAAUAAGAGGUAUAAGAGGGUUAAUGAUAUACUGGGUAGAGGGACAGCUUGUAAAGUGGUGGAGAAUCAAAGCUUGCUUGAUUCCAUGGAUUUGUCUCCCAAAAUGAAGGAAGAAGUGAAGAAACUGUUGAAUUCUAAGCACCUGUUUUUCAGGGAGAUGUGUGCUUAUCAUAAUAGUUGCGGCCAUGUUGCAACUGCUGGGGCUCAUCAAUCAUCAGUGGUGGCUACGGAGAUAUCCCAGACUCAGCACCAGCAAGCUCAAUGCCUCCAUUCCUCUGAAAAUGCUCAAAUUGCCGGUAGAAUUGAGACAGAGGCAUCGAAACUGGCUAAAGUGGGGAGUGAAGAAGAGGAUGACGAUGAAGAUGAGGACGAUGAGGACGAGGAUGAUGACGAAGACGACGAUGAUGAGGCAGUGGAUGGUCACUCAAGGGGCCAAAAUGGACAUGGGAAGGAAGAUGAUGAAGAUAACAAUGAAAAGCCUUCACAUAAGAGGCCCAGAAAGGGAGCAUUUUCAAUGUCACCGUCGCCCUUGAUGCAACAAUUGAGCUGUGAAGUAGUGAACGUGAUACAAGAUGGGUCAAAGAGUGCUUGGGAGAAGAAGCAUUGGAUGAAGAUGAGGCUAGUGCAAUUGGAAGAGCAGCAAGUGAGCUACCAAUACCAAGCAUUCCAGCUGGAGAAGCAAAGGCUCAAGUGGGUUAAAUUCAGUGGCAAGAAAGAAAGGGAGAUGGAGAGAGCAAAGCUGGAGAACGAACGAAGACGGCUCGAAAAUGAGAGAAUGGUGCUGCUUGUUAAGCAAAAGGAAUUGGAAUUGGUUGAUGUUCAGCAGCAACAUCUGUCUCAGCAGCAUUCUUGUAGCAAGAGGAGAGAUCCGUCUAACAUAAGUGGAUGAAAAAUAGAGAUUUUAGUUUUAGAUUUUAGAUAUAGAUACUUAAAUUACAUGAAAGUUUGUUCUCUGCUUUUGUAUUGUCAAAAUUUUUGUUUAUGAACAAACAUCUAUGUUUUCAAACA